AUGCUUUCCAUCACCCCGCCCCAUUCUCCCGCUUUCCAUCACCUGGCCCCAUUCUCCCGCUUUCCAUCACCCCGCCCCAUUCUCCCUCUUUCCAUCACCCCGCCCCAUUCUUCCUCCUUCCAUCACCCCGCCCCAUUCUCCCGCUUUCCAUCACCCCGCCCCAUUCUCCCGCUUUCCAUCACCCCGCCCCAUUCUCCCGCUCUCCAUCACCCCGCCACAUUCUCCCGCUAUCCAUUUCCCCGACCCAUUCUCCCGCUUUCCAUCACCCCGCCCCAUUCUCCCGCUUUCCAUCACCCCGCCCCAUUCUCCCGCUUUCCAUCACCCCGCCCCAUUCUCCCGCUUUCCAUCACCCCGCCCCAUUCUCCCGCUUUCCAUCACCCCGCCCCAUUCUCCCGCUUUCCAUCACCCCGCCCCAUUCUCCCGCUUUCCAUCACCCUGCCCCAUUCUCCCGCUUUCCAUCACCCCGCCCCAUUCUCCCGCUUUCCAUCACCCCGCCCCAUUCUCCCGCUUUCCAUCACCCCGCCCCAUUCUCCCGCUUUCCAUCACCCCGCCCUAUUCUCCCGCUUUCCAUCACCCCGCCCCAUUCUCCAGCUUUCCAUCACCCCGCCCCAUUCUCCCUCCUUCCAUCACCCCUCCCCAUUCUCCCUCCUUCCAUCACCCCUCCCCAUUCUCCCGCUUUCCAUCACCCUGCCCCAUUCUCCCGCUUUCCAUCACCCCGCCCCAUUCUCCCGCUUUCCAUCACCCCGCCCCAUUCUCCAGCUUUCCAUCACCCCGCCCCAUUCUCCCUCCUUCUAUCACCCCGCCCCAUUCUCCCUCCUUCCAUCACCCCGCCCCAUUAUCCCGCUUUAUAUCACCCCGCCCCAUUCUCCCGCUUUCCAUCACCCCGCCCCAUUCUCCCGCUUUCGAUCAGUCCGCCCCAUUCUCCCGCUUUCCAUCACCCCGCCCCAUUCUCCCGUUUUCCAUCACCCCGCCCCAUUCUCCCGCUUUCCAUCACCCCGCCCCAUUCUCCCGCUUUCCAUCACCCCACCCCAUUCUCCCGCAUUCCAUCAUCCUGCCCCAUUCUCCCACUUUCCAUCACCUCGCCCCAUUCUUCCUCCUUCCAUCACCCCGCCCCAUUCUCCCGCUUUCCAUCUAUUCUCCCGCUUUCCAUCACCCCGCCCCAUUCUCCCGCUUUCCAUCACCCCGCCCCAUUCUCCCUCCUUCUAUCACCCCGCCCCAUUUUCCCGCUCCCGCCCCAUUCUCCCGCUUUCCAUCACCCCGCCCCAUUCUAACGCUUUCCAUCACCCCGCCCCAUUCUCCCGCUUUCCAUCACCCCGCCCCAUUCUCCCGCUUUCCAUCACCCCGCCCCAUUCUCCCAAUUUCCAUCACCCCGCCCCAUUCUCCCGCUUUCCAUCACCCCGCCCCAUUCUAACGCUUUCCAUCACCCCGCACCAUUCUCCCGCUUUCCAUCACCCCGCCCCAUUCUCCCGCUUUCCAUCACCCCGCCCCAUUCUCCCGCUUUCCAUCACCCCGCCCCAUUCUUCCUUCUUCCAUCACCCCGCCCCAUUCUCCCUCCUUCCAUCACCCCGCCCCAUUCUCCCGCUUUCCAUCACCCCGCCCCAUUCUCCCGCUUUCCAUCACUUUGCCCCAUUCUCCCGCUUUCCAUCACCCCGCCCCAUUCUCCCGCUUUCCAUCACCCCGCCGCAUUCUCCCGAUUUCCAUCACCCCGCCCCAUUCUCCCGCUUUCCAUCACCCCGCCCCAUUCUCCCGCUUUCCAUCACCCCGCACAACUCUCCCGCUUUCCAUCACCCCGCCCCAUUCUCCCGCUUUCCAUCACCCCGCCCCAUUCUCCCGCUUGCCAUCACCCCGCCCCAUUCUCCCUCCUUCCAUCACCCCGCCCCAUUCUCCCUCCUUCCAUCACCCCGACCCAUUCUCCCGCUUUCCAUCACCCCGCCCCAUUCUCCCGCUUUCCAUCACCCCGCCCCAUUCUCCCUCUUUCCAUCACCCCGCCCCAUUCUCCCGCUUUCCAUCACCCCGCCCCAUUCUCCCGCUUUCCAUCACCCCACCCCAUUCUCCCGCUUUCCAUCACUUCGCCCCAUUCUCCCGCAUUCCAUCACCCCGCCCCAUUCUCCCACUUUCCAUCACCCCGCCGCAUUCUCCCGAUUUCCAUCACCCCACCCCGUUCUCCCGCUUUCCAUCACCCCGCCCCAUUCUCCCGCUUUCCAUCACCCCGCCCCAUUCUCCCUCUUUCCAUCACCCCGCCCAAUUCUCCCGCUUUCCAUCACCCCGCCCCAUUCUCCCGCUUUCCAUCACCCCGCCCCAUUCUCCCGCUUUCCAUCACCCCGCCCCAUUCUCCCGCUUUCCAUCACCCCGCCCCAUUCUCCCUCCUUCCAUCACCCCGCCCCACACUCCCGCUUUCCAUCACCCCGCCCCAUUCUCAUGCUUUCCAUCACCCCGCCCCAUUCUCCCGCUUUCCAUCACCCCGCCCCAUUCUCCCGCUUUCCAUCACCCCGCCCGAUUCUCCCUCUUUCCAUCACCCCGCCCCAUUCUUCCUCCUUCCAUCACCCCGCCCCAUUCUCCCGCUUUCCAUCACCCCGCCCCAUUCUCCCGCUUUCCAUCACCCCGCCCCAUUCUCCCUCCUUCCAUCACCCCGCCCCAUUCUUCCUCCUUCCAUCACCCCGCCCCAUUCUCCAGCUUUCCAUCACCCCGCCCCAUUCUCCCUCCUUCCAUCACCCCGCCCCAUUCUCCCGCUUUCCAUCACCCCGCCCCAUUCUCCCGCUUUCCAUCAUCCCGCCCCAUUCUCCCGCUUUCCAUCACCCCGCCCCAUUCUCCUUCCUUCCAUCACCCCGCCCCAUUCUCCCGCUUUCCAUCACCCCGCCCCAUUCUCCCGCUUUCCAUCACCCCGCCCCAUUCUCCCUCUUUCCAUCAACCCGCUCCAUUCUCCCGCUUUCCAUCACCCCGCCCCAUUCUCCCUCCUUCCAUCACCCCCCCCCAUUCUCCCGCAUUCCAUCACCCUGCCCCAUUCUCCCACUUUCCAUCACCCCGCCCCAUUCUCCCGCUUUCCAUCACCCCGCCCCCCCGAUUCUACCGCUUUCCAUCACGUCUGGCCAGUGCGGUCACCUGUGCGGAUGA